AUGGCGAUGACCCCCACAGACACAGAGGCCCCCGACCCAGCGCUGUCUGCCGCAGCACAACCAAUGCUGUCUUCAUCCCCCGAAGAUACCCCUGCACCGCAACACGAGGUACGGGCCCAGGUUCGCGUCCGCUUCAGGGCUGGCGUGUCCCGAGCAUCUGGUACGCCAAGGUCUAAUGGCAUGCAGGAUGAGGAGAACGAGGACCAUGAUUCGGCCCUGGGCGAAGACGAACAAGACGGCCAUCGCUUCCUGACGAUCCUGCUCGAUGGCAAACUCCUGCUCGCCCCAUUGAAACCCGGCGCCAAGCGUGUGCUCGACGUCGGCACAGGGACAGCCUUCGCCGACGCGUUCCCCGAAGCCGAAGUCACGGGCACCGACCUCUCCCCGACCCAGCCGACAUGGCUGCCCUCCAACCUCUCGUUCGAGAUUGACGACUGCACGCGCCCCUGGACCUGGGAGGCCAACACGUUCGACCUAGUACACAUGCGCCUCCUCUUCGGCGCCAUAACCGACUGGCCCGCCCUGUUUCGCGAGGCGUACCGUACGGCGCGGCCCGGUGGCUGGUGCCAGUCGUGCGAGGCGGAGUGCCUGAUUCGCUCUGACGAUGACAGUAUCACGCCCGACACGGCCAUGGCCUCUUCGUGGUCGCGGCUGUUUGUCGAAGGGGCCGAGAAGUUCGGGCGUUCAUUCACCGUCCUGUCGGAUGAACUGCAGCGGAAAGGGAUGCAAGAGGCGGGAUUCGUGGAUCUGCACGAAGUGAACUUCAAGGUACCUAUUGGGGACUGGCCGUUGGAUCCCAAGCUUGCCGAGGUCGGGCAGUGGGUUCGCUUGACCAUGGAGAAUGAUCUUGAAGGCUAUACGCUUUACAUGUGGAAGGAUGUCCUCGGGUGGGAUACGGACAAAUACCAGACAUUCUUGACGUCGAUGAAGGACGAGAUUAGAUCACGAAAACUACAUGGGUACAUGACAGUGAGGUACAUCUACGGGCGCAAGCCUUAG